CCGGUGCCAGGGCCGCGCCCGGCCGGGCCGCAGCCCCCGCCGCCAUGGCCCGCGUCUCGGCGAUGAUCAGCCCGGUGCUGGUGCUCUUCGGCUGCGACCUGUGCUUCGUGCGAGCCAACAGGCCACCGUCCCCUGUCAAUGUGACUGUGACACAGCUGAAGGCGAACUCUGCCACAGUCUCCUGGGAUGUACCAGAAGGAGAUGUGGUCAUCGGCUACGCCAUCCUACAGCAGAGGCAGGAUGGGCAGAUGCAGCGCUUCAUCCGGGAGGUGAACACCACCAACCGUGCCUGUGUGCUGUGGGACCUGGCAGAGGAUGCUGACUACAUCAUCCAGGUGCAGAGCAUUGGCCUGUAUGGGGAGAGCCAGGCUAGCAAGCGUGUCCACUUCCGCACCCUGAAGGAGACCGACCGCCUGCCUUCCAACAGCUCCAACCAAGGUGACAUCACCAUGGAGGGGCUGGACAAAGACCGGCAGCUGCAGACAGGCGAGAUUAUCAUCAUUGUGGCUGUGCUGCUCAUGUGGGCAGCGGUGAUCGCCCUGUUCUGCAGACAGUAUGAUAUCAUCAAGGAUAAUGACUCCAACAACAACAAGGAGAAGACAAAGCCCUCCUCAGAGCACAGCACGCCAGAGCGGCCGAGCGGAGGGCUGCUGCGGAGCAAGAAGAAAUCUCCCUCGGUCAAUAUCAUUGAGGUGUAAGUGCAACACCAGCUCUGCCGUCUGGGAUCUUGGGUGUCCUGCCAGAGCCACAGCAGGCCUUGGAAGAAGAGGCAGCACCAGGCGCGCCGCCUGGAACUCAGCAUGCGACGAUCCACGUACCAGAACUCCCGCUUUCCUGAGGGCACCUGUCUGCGGAUGAGCAUGGAGCCGGCUCCCAGCCAUGCAUGCAGAGCGUGGCUCUGCCCGUCCCACCCAGCCCUCCUCCCCUCCGGGGGAAGCAUGACCAUAAGGAUGGGUGGGAGGGAGCCAGGGGGAGCCGACGGGCUGAGGCAGGGGCCUGAGGGGAGCCCACGGCCCUGUGCACCGCCUCGGCCUAGGCCCGGGCUGCAGCUGAGGCACUGCAUGGCUGUGGGGCAGGGGCAGAUCUUGCUCUCAGCUGCCCGUUUGGCCUUGGGGCUGCUGCAGAGAGCAGGAGCUGCUCCCCUCAGCGCCCCGGGGCUGCAGGAGCAGGGCGGUGCAGGCACUGCCCAGCACUGCUGGGAGAGCUGCGGCCUGUAGGAGGGUUUGGUUUGUCUGUGGGGCUGGGCCCAGCCAGCUCCGAGGAUGAGUGGAUUGCUGCUGGAGAACAGGGCUCUGCUGUACCCUGUCACGGCUGUGCAGGGCCUUCAAAUUCUCUGUCUACUGCAGAGGACAAAGACACGAGGGACAAUGAGGGGCUGGUGCUGUCACAGUGCCUGGCAGCCCGCAGAGCCUGCAGCAGGGCAGGCAGUGCAGGGCAGGGGGAGCGGGCACUGUCAGGGCAUGGCUGUGGCUGCGCUGUGUCCCCACAAGGGCUCGGUGCUGGCACAUUCAGGCUGCCUGAGGGGAGCUGCAAAGAAUUUUCUGAGCAGCAUGGUGCCUGUGCUGCCUGGAGGAGACAAAACGGUGAGGCCUGCAAGGUCUCAGUUGGAGGGAAUGGGGUGAAACGAGGAAGCUCCCUGCUGCCCUGGCUGCUGCUCGCCCUCCAUGCUCUGCUUUGCAGCCUGCCACAGACAGGCUCUGCAGCCCUGGACUCAAGCAUCACAGGAUCCAGUGUCUUCCAGGAAUAAAUCUCCUAGUAAAAGCACUUUCAGGACUUUUCCUUCCAGGUGCUACUCAGCUCCUGCUGCAGGACUAGGUGGGGAAGGGACAGGAUAAGCAACUCCUGUGGCAGGGUCUUUUCAAUAAAAGCAUCCUGGCUCAAAGGCAGCAUCA